CAGUGAAAAAAGGGAACGACGGCGACGACGAGACUCCCGGAAUAAAGUGAAUUUGGUUUUCGAAUUACGGUGCAUAGGGAUUUGUGGUUCUUCACCGCCGGAAACCGUCUCCGUGGUCGCUGUGGAAGCAACUGCAUCGGUGGGCGUCAGGAAACUAAAUAAAACAGAACGAGACACGCAUCAGGAAGUGCAUCCUCAUUCUCAUCAGCAUUGACCGUGUUUUUCGGUGGUGGGCAGUUAGAGCCCGGGAUUUGCGAGCGUUCGCGAGACGAGUGCGUUCGUUUGGGCAAUUUUGUGUCGGCGCCGCUGAGAGAAGAGAGCCCUAAGUGAGUGAGCGAGCGAACCGACCACCGGUAGGAGAGUGCGUGCGUGUGCCCAAACCCUGGUCCCUGGUCGCUUUCGCUGUGCAGAGUGUUAAAAGGCCGUAAAUCGGAAGCGCGAAUUUGCACCGGACGCACACUCCGGGCACAGCAGCCUCCUAAGCAAAGAGACUACUGACAACAAGGAGGAACGCAUGAUUUACGCUGUUUGCGUGUACAGUGCGCAGUAGGUGCGUCGUGUGUGGUGUUGUUGGACGGACGGACGUACAAUUCGUACAACAACAGUUACAACAAGGAAGCUAGGGUGUUUGGUGUGUGUGCUAUAUUGUUUAAGCAGGCUGUGCGUGCAAAGCUCUCAAAAUGACUGAAGAAUCCUACCCGAAGACGCUGUACGUCGGCAAUCUAGACACCUCCGUCACCGAGGAGCUGCUGUGCACACUGUUCAGUCAGAUGGGCACGGUGAAGAGCUGCAAGAUCAUCCGCGAGGCCAGCAACGACCCUUACGCAUUUAUCGAGUACGCCAACCACACGUCGGCCCAGACCGCACUCGCCGCCAUGAACAAGCGGUUCUUCCUCAAGAAGGAAAUCAAAGUGAACUGGGCCACGAGCCCGGGAAACCAGCCGAAAACGGACACGAGCCAGCACUAUCACAUCUUUGUCGGGGAUCUGAGCCCGGAAAUCGAAACGGAGACGCUGCGGGAAGCAUUCGCUCCGUUUGGCGAGAUAUCGAACUGCCGCAUCGUACGUGACCCACAAACCCUCAAAUCGAGGGGCUACGCAUUCGUGUCGUUUGUAAAGAAAGCUGAGGCAGAGAACGCCAUUCAAAUGAUGAACGGUCAAUGGUUGGGGUCGCGCUCCAUUCGCACCAACUGGUCCACACGCAAACCGCCGGCACCACGCGACAAUUCUAAAGGAAUUAAAAGUGGCAAAACUCCAGGAUUCGAGGAAAUUUUUAAUAAUACUAGCCCUACCAACACAACGGUUUACUGCGGCGGAUUUCCUCCAAACACCAUCACCGACGAGCUGAUCCAGAAGCACUUUGCUCAGUUUGGUCAGAUCCACGAUACGCGAGUGUUCAAGGAUAAGGGUUACGCAUUCAUUCGAUUCGCUAACAAAGAAUCGGCGGCGCGAGCCAUUGAGGGAACGCACAACAGCGAAGUGCAGGGCCACCCGGUGAAGUGCUACUGGGGCAAGGAGAACGGUGGAGAUGUCAACAGCAACGGUAUCCACAAUGCAACUGCCUCGGCGAUCGCAGCCGCUGCGGCGUCCGGCAUGAUGAGUAUGAACGGAAUGGUUAGUCCCCUGCAACCUAUGCAGCAGCAACAGAAUGCUGCAGCAGCUGCUGCCGCUGCCGCCAACCUCGCAGCUCAUCAACACAAUGCGGCCAACUCACAGUUGUCACAGGCAUCGGCCGCAGCGGCGGCUGCAAAUGCUCAGUAUCCUUACUCGACUGCCUACGGUCAGAUUGGCGCGUACUGGAUUCCGGGAGCUUAUCCGCCGAUGCAAACUCAGUAUAUGCAGCAAGGAUAUUACGCCUAUCCGACGGCCUAUGCAACUGCGGCCCCCCAACAGUCAGCUACAGCAGGUUACCGUAUGAUGCAGCCGAACAUGGCGGCUUGGAGCAUGCCAACCGUUCCCACGGUGGCGACAAAUGGUGCGGCUGCCGCGGCAGCUGCCGCAGCCGCUGCCCACGCAUCCUCUCAGCAGCCAAUGAUGUAUGCAACCAUGUCUCAGUUCCAGUCGCAAUGA